AGUCGUCCUAAGCUAGGUAUCUUUCGUAAACUGUGCUAGCUGUUUUAACUUUGAUAACUUUAAAGGUAGCAUGAUAUUCUUGUUACUGGUGCUCAAGCCAAUACUAGCUGACUACUGGAUAUCUGAUCUAACAUCUCCAGGCUGUUCAGAUUGUAGACAAUAUCGGCGGCCAGGAGCUAAUUUCUCAAGUGUGGUGACAUAUCAAAACUCCAUCAUUGUCGGCGGCAGGAACGCACUGUAUGACCUGAAUUUUAAAGGAAUGAACGAUAAUGUCUAUCACGACAAGAUUGUGGAGACGGAUGAUUACGAGUACUGUAUAGCAGCUAUGGGGCAGAGACCUAUUGACUGUCACAACUACUACACCAUGCUUAUUAAACUUAGUGAUACAAACUUGUUUGUGUGCGGAACUUCCUCUUUUGCUCCUACUUGUGGCACUAGACUGAAAAGUGAGUUAUCGUACAAGUCCAAUGAAGCCAAAGUAAACUAUAUCUCCUCAAACCCCUACUCCUCCCUCCUUUAUCUACGACUUAAAGAAGUUAACUACACAGCUUACGUUGGAACAGAACUCGGCUCUAAUACACAAGACUUUGUGAUAGCGUCUGUUAACAUGAUGCCUGGAUCAUAUGCUAUGAAGGCUACCACCCCAACUGAAUCCAACACUUGGCUCAAUGCACCGAAGUUUAUUUACUCGUUUGAAUUGGACGAAUACGUUUAUUUCGUAUUUCAAGAAACAGCUGUAGAGAUUUCUCCGGAGAGAGUAUAUUCAAGAAUUGCAAGAAUCUGUAAGGACGAUACCGGAGACACCUCGCCAUUCUUCAGCAAGAAGUUUCUGACUUAUUCUAAACUCAGGAUACAGUGCUCUUACUCACAAACCGGCCAAGCUCCCUACCAGUUCGACAAAAUCAGUGGGGCCUAUUACCAAGACGAUUAUCUAUACACUGUUUUCUCUGGAUCCAACACAAUUAUCGAUACUGGCUCCGUAUUCUGUCUCUUCAAAAUGGCUGAAAUCAAACAGGCCUUCACCGGAAAGUACAAGUUCUUUGACAGAGGCUACUGGGCAGAUGAAAUGCCGGCUGGUGCUCCCUUCAGCUGUGGAGGCGACCCCAACUGGACUGCUAGUCAAGCUACUAGAUUCCAAAUGAUGGCUGAGACCCUGAAAAGCGAGCAAGUUAUUCAUUAUGACCAGGAUGAGCUCAAUUCUCUCGAUCUUUUUGUCACAAAUAUAAAAGGUAAAGAGUACAAGAUUCUCCACUCGGGAUCAAUGACUGGCAAAGUAGUCCGUGUUGGAUUUCAUAUCAACAGAUUCGGUGAACUGGAGAGCAUAAAACACGAGCAAAUCCAGGCUGGAAAUGGCCAGAUCAAACAGAUAUUCCGAGACAGCCCCAAAUCAGGGGAUGUGUACGUGUUAACAAACGACUGGAUAACGUUCCUGCCCCUACAAACUGAUUGUUCAGUUCACACCACGUGUCAAAGCUGCUCAAAUGCGUUUCCCGGUUGUGGCUGGUGCGUUAGUCCCACAUUACGAUCCACCUGUACUCGUUCCGAUCAGUGUGCCUCUAAGUCAAGCUCUUGGCAAUCAGCUUUUGAACGGUGUUCCCCUCUUGCUGACUUCAAAAUCAAACCUACGAACAUCACAGUAUCCCACAAAUCUCACGUGGUCCUCGACUGUGUCUCAACUACAAACGAAGGCAGCUACUGGAUAAAUGAGACCGGAGUUAUGUCCGAUGAUGUCAGAAUGCCCCUCAACGGAUCCCUGAUCAUACCCUCCGCCAGUCAGACGGAUAACGGGUGUUACAUAUGCGAGCUGAGAGGGGUGUCGGGGGUCGUGUCCACUAAAGCUUGCAUCACAGUUCUCAUCCCACCAUUCUUUUAUAUGAGCAACGAUGUCGAGACUAACAAUAACCUAGUGGAGAUUGAGAAAGGAAUGGACGCCUCUCUACCCUGCAACGUCGGGGGCUCACCUACACCCACCAUCAUGUGGCACAAGAUGGGCAAUCAAAUGCUGCCGGAGGGAGCCUACCUUGGUACAGAUAAUGAGCUCCGGAUAAUUCGGGCAAUAGAGGAUGACCAAGGAGAGUACCAGUGCAGUGCCAAGAACUCAGUUGGAACGACUUGGAGUGACCCUAUCAUGCUGGAUAUUAUUAUAGCGGGAAACCCAAAAGGAGACACAAGUGUACAGAGAAACAGUGACAGUAACAAAUCAAUGAUAUCCCUCGUCAGUACCGUCAGUGUCGUACUAGUCGUCAUUGUCGUCUCAAUCAUUACUGCUCAUUGCUACUGCAGACGCAAGAGCUCCAAAAAGUUCGAACAGCUAGAUCAGCGAGAUGAGAUACUGCCGGAUACAGCACGUAUCUUGACCCUAGGAUGACCCCAAUAGGAUCUCUCAGAGAUAACUCUUUGAACAGCAUUGACGCAAUGAGACAGUGUUACAGUGAAACAAGUACUCCUAGAUGGCUUCCCCCACACACAAUAAUGUCAGCCCCGCUUGGUAGCGAUAAUAUGCCACCGCCGCCCUACCAGCAGUACUUCCUGGAGCGACAGCUCAUGAACAGUCUACAACCUAGAAGCUUCUACGAGAACGUUACGUUACAGAACAGCUAUAUGACUGCUCAACCAGGAGGGUUUCCCCCACAACCACCCUCUCCAACUGAGCAGGUACCCAUCUCCUUCAACCAAGAGCUCCCCUACGCAAGAGUGGGUACAGGGAUGAUCAAGAGUAGGAAUCCAGGAUACUACUUUCCUUACAACCCGAACAAUAUGAACACAUCUCAAUCUCAACCUACUCCUACCCCUAUCUACUCUUCAGCCGCCUACCUACCCAACACCAUGAACAUUACAAACUCUAGACCAAUGCUGUCUAACCCACUAGAAAACAACUCUUUGUUGGGCAGGCUGCCAAUGCACGGUUCCCCUCUAGGACAGCACCAACCAAGAACUCAUGUAUACGAUGAAAUUGUGGUGCCGGAGGAAAUUCUCCUGCACCCUGAUCAGAGGUUACCAGGAGUGCUGUCACCGGCUGGUGACAGAAUAGCUACACCAGGAAGUGACACAUUGGUCAGCUCGCCCGACGACAUGUCAACUAGUGACAGACUGGUUUUGCCGCCCCUAGACUCGUUAGAAAGGCCCCCCAUCCCUCCUCGUCCCACCCGGACUCCAUCCCGGAGUCCGCCUGCUAUUCCCACUUCUAUAUGUGAGGAGCAGGUCGGCUGAGGGACUCACUUUAGGACAAUUAUAGUUCAUCAGUUCAUGUUAUGUUUUGUUGUUUCAUAUCUCGAGAUUGUCGGUUCUGGAAAAUGCGAAGAUUGCUAGACAGUGGUUGUUGUCAGCUAGUAGCAUGUUAUUGACGCAAGAAAGGCGCAGCAAACUUGACUUUUCUCUGGAAAGAGAAUAAGACUGCGAAUCUUAAGACUGUUUUUACGAUUUUGAUGAAUUUAAUGAUCGAUAUUUUGAUGUGUUGAUUGUAUUGAUAAUUUCAAGACUCUAUCAUCAUUUUAUUUGUUUAUAUAUGAGGUUGCUGUGAUGUUACGAGGCGAAAUUAAAGUUUUUACCUCUCCUGUUUAUUGUUUAUAAAAGGUCUUGCUAGAUAAAAUGGAAAACGAACUUCCUAGUAGACCUAAAACUAACCCAGUAAAUUUAUCAUCAAUUGUAUUUAUUUCUUAGUUAAAUCUUGAUUCAUUACACACUAAUUAUUAACGUUUUAGUUGAACUUUAGUCCUAAAAUUUAUUUGUUUAUAUUCAUAUUAACUGUCUUUUGAUUUAUCAUUUAGGUAUACUUUAGGUUUUAUAAAGUCCUAACACAUUGCAUAAUUGACUGAUAUUGCAUUUUGUUUGGACACGUGGGUGUUGAACAUAUUUUUAGGCUCGGAAUGCCAGAAUGAGACUAAGCAACAGGCUAUACAAUUAACCGUUUUGUUUUAUUCGUUUCACUCUGUAUCUGCUCAUACAGCGUUUAUGUUUUCUGUUUUUUUACUGCUUGAUAUGUAAAUAUACACAUUUCCCGUCAUGUCCCUAAUGAUAGUUAAAAUCAAAAAUGUUAAAUUAUUUAUUUUUUUACAAUUACAAA